AACGGGAAGGAGAGACCUGGCGGACACUGUGAAGUAUUGAAGAUUUUUAAUAACGUAACCGGAACAAAGAUUCAGGAGCUGAUAUGAAUUUCAGUCGUGUGUUUUAUCGUCCAUGAAUGCAAGUGAACUGAUGGCUUCAUUAUAACUCCGUUGUUGCGGCGUGUUAAAUCAAUCACUUAGUAAAUAAAGUCACACCAAAACCUUCUAGCCGGUCAGUCUUACACGGGGAGUAAUUCCAGGCACUUGCAGAGGGCAUCCAGUCCUCACAUUGAAGUUUUUGGCGGUUUUUCCUGUCUGUCCAUAGCAUAAACCUUUUGCUUAGUAUUGAUUAUGCCACUUGUUGCUUCAUGUGAGUAACCAUAAACCAUUUGACUUAACAUUAAUAAAACCAUAUCCUCUAAAAAGCUAUGUUAUUCAGUCAAUCAUGUUGUUGUCAACUUUGUAAACUUCGAGAAAAAAACAAUCUGAGGGUUAAAGGAGACACGCCACGUACUCCGCUACGUUCCCCGAGGAUUUCCUGGCCUGGGUGUAUCUGAGGGCCAGGCGUGUCCUCAAGGCGUGCCAAAGUCAUAUUACUUUGCACGAUAAUCUUUGGUCAUAAUCAGCUUCCGGUCGCCGCUCCGUCAGCCGCAGUGGGCUUUCUCCCCUCCCCGCCGCCGCCACCCGCCGCUGUGGACAAAGAAAGCCCAACACAGCAUGGCGGGGCUUCUACCUACAUGCUACUGGUUUUGUUUUUUAUUUUGAAUAAUGUUUUCGUACACUUUUUGAACAUGACUGUAAAUAUAUAUUUUUCCCUUGUUUUCUCUGAAGCUGGUUUUGGCUUUGCUGCAGCUUCACUCUGCCCUUUUUGAGCGUGUUCAAACUGAACUUUUGUGUAGUUUUAGACAGCUUUUGAUUUGAUGCUCGGUUUUCUAGAUUUUUUUAAUCUUAGGUGCCUUAAAAGAUAUAAACUUUGUCAUUUAAAUACUACCAUAAUUAAUUUACAUGAUUAUUUAUUGCUUAAAGUAAAAUGUUCUUUGUAAAUACCUUUGUAACUUCAUUAAAGUAGGGAAUGCAAGAGUUAGAUAAAAUAGCCACCAAUUUUUUGAUCAUGCAUACGGAAUUAUUUGAAUUGAUGAAGAACCAGGAGCCUUGGUAAGCAGCUGCUCGCUGACACACGAGGCAAGACGAGGUGUUGCCAUCCCAGCGUCACACCCAUAUCUCUCCUCAAUCAGUAUCUUACCUGAACAGAGAAGUUAAUUAAUGGCCAAUUUUAUCACGUGUCCACGGGAGGUCCUGGCGGCGAGCACGUCAUGUCCAGUGUGUGAGCGUUGCUAUUCAGGAAAUAUUUAAUGCACGGAGUGUUUUUUGCAAGACAGAUUUGGUGGACAGAAUUAUCCGGAAAACUUUUUCUUUUUCUGAGUUUUGAACACAAAGUAAUUGUGCCUCACAUGCACCAAACACUCUGUGACACACUUUCCUGGAAGCCUUUGUUCAUUGACCUUGAGACCCCAAAGUGACGCCGUGAUCUCCAUCCCCAGCAGCAGGGAACCAGAGAGCCAGAGGUCAUCAUCCGCCUCAGCUCCAACAGCGCACGGCUCCACAACCAGGUUCGGUACGACCUCACUUGCGGGGCGUACCGGCGGGUGCUGGCCAGCGAGGAUGACCUGACUCUUGAUCUUCUGACCCUUCCCUCGAGGGUGAUUCAUCGUGACCUGCAUGAUCAAAUACAACGAAAGCAGCAGCAGGAGGAACAACAAAAUAAACAGUCAUCAAAAGAAGGUGGGGACGAGGCGCGGCGGCUUAUGGAGGAAGUGUACCGGGACAUGGUGAAUCCCGAUGACUUGGCAAAACUCGACUCGCAGCCCAACCCUUUCAACUUCUCGGAGAGAGUCUCCCAAACUAACAGAUUCUCUAAAAGGAACCUGUCGAUGCAGACGGAGGCUCCACCGAGUACCACUUUCGGCCUCACCGUGAGUCCCGCUGUGAUCCACGACGCUUACCUAGAAAGCUACGAGAUUCAACUGGAGGAGGAGAUGGAGAGAGAGCUGGAGGAGAGGGAAAGAGAUCGAGGAAACAAAGGAAGUGGGACGCCGCCUCCUGGAACCCUGGACCCUCUAGAAUUAGCGGGCAGCACUGGGCAACGGCACGGGCAAGAAACAGUCGGCUUGGCGGGGCUGUCCCAAGCAGCAAAGGUGGUGGAGAGGAUGGUCAACCAGAACACUUACGAUGACAUCACUCAAGAUUUCCGCUACUGGGAGGAUGGGAGUGACGAGUUUCGGCCACUAGAAGGAUCGCUGCUCCCUCUAUGGAAGUUCACACAUGAUGGUUCCCGACAGCUCAUUGUGACAGACGUAUGCUGGAGUCCCAUCUACAGUGACCUUUUCGCCGCAGCCUAUGCCCCCUCCUCCGAUGAGGGUGGGGGCGGGCCAGUGGGUGGAGGAAUGCUUUGUCUCUACACGCUCAAAAAUCCCUCCACGCCGGAGCGAGUGUUCCGGGCACCGUGCGGCGUCACAUGCGUGUCCUUCCAUCCCCAGUACGGGAGUGUGUUGGCGGCAGGCUGGGCCGACGGCACGGUGGUAGUGUACGAGGCCAGGCCGCCCGGACAGCCCGGUGUGCUGGCUUCGUGCACGGGCAGCGGCAAGCACUUGUUGCCUGUAUCGCAGGUGCAGUGGGUGUCGACGGACCCUGGGGAGGACUUGUGCCUGUACUCGGUAGCUCAGGACGGAAGACUCACUCAGUGGCACGUGCACUCCUCGGUCCUUGUGCACACCGACCUGUUGCAGUUCAAAACUGACCAGCCACAAACGCUCACAUCUCAAGACCGGGUGAUGCUAGAAGGCAUUGGGACUUGUGUCGCCUUCCGCCCUGAUGACGAAAAGGAGAUGCUGGUGGGAGUGGACACUGGCGCUGUGUUCCAGUGCACAACAGUAGACACGAUCCAUGCCCUCACGCGCUACCCCGCCCACACCGGCCCCGUGAGGCAGGUGCUUUGGAACAGCUAUCACAACCAUGUGUUCGUGUCCUGCUCUGUUGACUGGACCGUUAAAGUGUGGAUCCAGUACACACUAUCACCGCUCAUUGUGCUGGAUCUCGGGGGCGCAGUGUCAGGAGUGGCCUGGUCUCCCUUCAACAGCAGCGUUGUCGUGGCCUUGUCAGAUGAGGGUCGUGUGCAUGUUUAUGACCUGUUCCUGAGGCGUGCUCGACCCCUGUGUGUGCAGUCCCUCGUGCAGCGGAGACGAGCGUCAGCCACGUGCGUGUGCCCCAACCCGAGCCACCCUGUGCUGCUGGUGGGCGGAGAAAGAGGUAAUCUGAUCUGCUUCAAGCUGUCACCCAACCUCAGACGAGUCCAUAAAGAUAACAAGACGACUGACGAACGAAAUCCGCGCGAAAUUGAAGUGUGUAAGAUGGAGCGGUUGAUAGCCACCAAUAAGGGUUGACACCUUGGUAACCCAGACUUGACCUGAUCCUCAUCCUCGCCUCGAUCACUUGUCUGCCUUGUGACGAAAAAUGUUAUCGAUCAUUAGUGAUUGCCUCCUACACCGGCAACACCAAGAAGUUUCAUAACUGAAGGAAAGAGAAUCUGAAACUGCGAUAUUACUCAUGGCAAUACUAAUUCCUCGCUACAGAUGUGCAUUUCUUACUACGCUAAGCCUCUCAUCUACCUGUCAUAGAACGUGAGGCACAGCUGACAAGACAUCGACCAGGCAGCUUGACCAUUGACCAUCUGGAAAGUACAUGGACAGUGCUGCGUGGUUACUGGUUAUUGGUAUUGAUUCUCCUGAAUACUGCCACAUAUCAGAAGUUCUCACACUAGGGGUAUGAAUCUUUGUAUCGGAGCUUUGCUUCCAUUUCCACCAUUUACAAAGUUUCAUGUAUCAUUCUCGAGGGUGUGAAAGACAUUGUACAACGAACGUUCAAUUAAGCCGUUAACGCUUGAAUGCCCCCUCCCCAAACACUUUUUUUUUUUUUUACUGUGAAAUAUUUUAAGUAAUUAACAGGAAUGAUAACCUGUUUUACUGAUAUCAGAAAUAAUUAAUCCAAAUAGAACGACUACGUGCCUUUUCUCACCAUAACCACACCUACCUAGAGUGAACAGCACACCUUACUCUGCUGGUCUCCAAGUGAUCCAGUUACAUUUUGGCAAUAUAACUGUAAAAUUCCUUUUGUAAUAUGUUUCCCUCGGAAAUAAAAACAUAUAUUCGUA